GUUUGGGUUAACAAGGUAUCCUUGAGCUCACUGGCUCCGCCUCAGUCUCUCUCUCUCCGCUCUUCAGUUUUUAUACAAACACAAAUAAACAAAUAAAGGGUUGUUUUCACUUUCAAUCCAUUUUCCUCCAGCCAAGUCCUACUUACUCUGUAUUUUUGGAGCCCAAAGACCAAAAAUCGCUUCUCUUUUCAACUCUUAAAUGCAGUCUCGUGUUUCAAUGACUUGCGACAUUAUUCGUAACAGAUGUAGCUGCUUCAGUUUCAGUUUCAGUGUCACUUUGUGUUGGAGGUUAGCUGCUCAUUUCAGUUUCACCGAAUUCCGGAUCUGAAGAAGCCCGGCAUUUUCCUUUUGCAAAUGCGGCUCACUGCUGAGGCCCUUUCCUUUCAAGCUUGACUGUCACUUCCACCCAACUCUUGGUACCUCAAUCCUCACGCCACUCUCUAUCGGGUUUGGAUGCUGUUUUCCCAGAAAAUUAUCAGUGAUGCUGGUUAGAAUUUCAGCAACUGCAGACCCUCAAAGAGAAGAAUGUCAAAGUACUUUCUUAGUGGAUAUGUUUCCCCCUCGUUUCAAAAUGUAUAAAACAGCAACGGGUCAUGGAAGAGAAUGUCAGACUACAUUCUUAUUGAAUAUGUUUCCCCUUCCUUCUAAAAGGAUAAAUUGAAUCUAGUUGGAAUUAUAGAAACUUCUGACUUUAUGCUGAAUCAAGUCCUUUUUGCACAUGAGCAUAAAUUUCAAUGACCUUCGGGAUGUGUUGGUUGGUACCAGUUAAUUAAUAGGUUCUGACAGAGCCUUUUCCAUUUCAUUUUUUCUUUGCACUAGGAAAUCAGCAAGGAGUGCAGAUGCUACAUUUUCAUCAUCAUAAUCAUUACCAUAUUCCCUGCACCAAACAACGCCCCAUGAAGUUCUGCCUGACUUCAGUGUUUUCUUCCCUUGUCAUUAUAGGCAUUUUUCUUCCUCUAACAAUUGCUGAUCUAAACUCAGAUAAGGAAGCCCUUCUUGACUUUGCUGCUGCUGUCCCCCACCGUCGAAACCUUAACUGGAACUUAACCAACCCUAUAUGCACAUCCUGGAUUGGUGUCAAGUGCACUCAAGAUAAUUCUAGCGUGCUUGCCCUCAGGCUCCCCGGGGUUGGACUCAUAGGCAAUAUCCCAUCCAACACCCUUGGUAAAUUAGGUGCCCUCAGGACUCUCAGCCUUCGAUCUAAUCGCUUGAAUGGUGAUCUUCCUUCAGAUAUCAUCACCCUUCCAUCUCUCCAAUACCUCUACCUUCAACAUAAUAAUUUAUCUGGUGAUCUUCCUGUUUCCUUUUCCCUCAAACUUAAUGUAUUGGAUCUUUCAUUCAAUUCCUUUACAGGCAAAAUUCCAAAAACAAUACAAAAUUUGACACUACUUACUGGAUUGAACCUUCAGAACAACAACCUUUCUGGACCAAUACCUAAUCUCAACCUUACUAGGCUCAAGCAUUUGAAUUUAAGCUACAACCAGCUUAGUGGUCCGAUCCCAUUGCCCCUUCAAAGAUUCCCUAAUUCAUCCUUUGUAGGAAACUCACUAUUGUGUGGACUGCCUUUACAAGCCUGCUCACUCCCUCCAUCACCAUCUCCUGCUUAUUCUCCACCCCCUCCGACGUUUCCUCAAAAGCAAAGCUCCAAAAAGAAACUGAGUUUGGGAGUUAUCAUUGCCAUUGCAGUCGGAGGGUCUGUAGUGCUGUUUCUUUUAGCUUUAAUUAUCUUAUGCUGCUGUCUGAAGAAAAAGGAUAAUGGAGGAAGUGGUGUAUUAAAAGGGAAGGCUUCGGGUGGUGGCAGGAGUGAGAAGCCAAAAGAGGAGUUUGGAAGUGGGGUGCAAGAACCUGAGAAAAACAAGUUGGUUUUCUUUGAAGGAUGUUCUUAUAAUUUUGACCUUGAGGAUUUGUUAAGGGCUUCAGCUGAAGUUCUGGGAAAGGGUAGUUAUGGCACAGCAUACAAGGCUGUCCUGGAGGAAUCCACAACAGUGGUAGUCAAAAGGUUGAAGGAAGUGGUAGUGGGGAAGAAGGAUUUUGAGCAGCAGAUGGAGAUUAUAGGAAGGGUCGGGCAGCACCCAAAUGUUGUCCCACUCCGUGCUUAUUAUUACUCCAAGGAUGAGAAGCUGUUAGUUUAUGACUAUAUCCCAGGCGGCAGCUUGUCCACACUUUUGCAUGGAAACAGGGGAGGUGGAAGAACCCCAUUAGACUGGGAAUCCAGAGUAAAAAUCUCCCUUGGAGCUGCCAGAGGAAUUGCCCACGUUCAUUCUAUGGGUGGUCCAAAAUUUACUCAUGGAAAUGUCAAGUCCUCAAAUGUUCUCCUCAAUCAAGAUCUUGACGGGUGCAUCUCUGAUUUGGGUUUGACCCCUCUUAUGAAUGUCCCUGUAACUCCAUCUCGAACAGCAGGGUAUCGUGCUCCUGAGGUGAUUGAAAGCCGUAAGCAUACUCAUAAAUCAGAUGUGUACAGCUUUGGUGUCCUGCUUCUUGAGAUGCUGACUGGGAAAGCUCCACUCCAAUCACCUGGACGGGAUGACAUGGUUGAUCUUCCUAGGUGGGUUCAAUCUGUUGUCAGGGAGGAAUGGACAGCUGAGGUCUUUGAUGUUGAGUUGAUGAGGUUCCAGAACAUUGAAGAAGAAAUGGUGCAGAUGUUACAAAUUGGGAUGGCAUGUGUGGCAAAGGUGCCAGACAUGCGACCUAAUAUGGAUGAAGUUGUUAAAAUGAUUGAGGAAGUCCGGCAAUCAGACUCAGAGAACCGGCCAUCUUCUGAAGAGAACAAGUCCAAAGAUUCAAAUGUGCAGACCCCGUGAUUGUCCAUACGCUGCUGCAUUGUGUUUUUAGGAACAUGUUUUUUGUAAACAUUGCCUAGUAAGGUUUUCCCAGCCAUUAUCUGACCUUGCAUGCAUGGCUUCUCAAACUUAAAGUCGGUGUUGUUGUGCAAUUUUUCUGAGGGGAUUUACUGUUAUGAAUUCUCACUUUAAUUAGGUGGGAUUUCCUUUUCCUGAUUUAUUGUAAUAUUCAUUUUCAGCAAUAUGAUUUACAUUUACUUCAAUGAAAGAACUUUCUGUAUUCCUUUCAAUAUU